AUGAACGGCCUAAAGCAUCUCAAGCAGGAGAUAAGCCUGGAAAUGGGCCUCCCACAGCGCUCGAGCACACUGCCGGUAGCUCGACGUGAGGGCUGGGCCCGCGAGAAACCGUACGUCCUAGGCGAGAAACCCUCGCGUAGUAUCUCACUGACGACCAAGGUCAAAGGUCGCAUCACCAACCUCGCAGUCGAGUGCCACCCCCGGUAUAGGGGCAGCGGCGGCUCGAACGGAGCCGAAGCCGAAGCCGAAGCCGAAGCCGACGGCUACGACAGCGACGAGGAGGACCGCAGGAACGGCGUCCCCGUCACCGUCGUCGAGGCCAACCACAUUCAAGAGGACAGGCAGGCGGCGCUGAAAAGCAAGAUCGAGACGCUGCAGUGCAGGCGCAAGGAGCUCCAGGCGCGCUUCGAGGCGCACAGCGGUAGGUAUCUGGCGUAUCGUAGGUUAUUCCUCUCCAAACGCGGGCCCGUGGGAUGGUCCGCCGAGCGGUGGGCCAUGUUCCUGGUGCUCGAAGAUGACUAUUUUGCUCGAAGAGACAGGCUGUGGCAGUUGGAGGAGCGGGUCCAGAAGAUCUUCACCCAGUGUAUGAGCUUUCAGAACCACGCUGAACUUACUAGCAUGCGAAAUGGCGGUCACUGGCACCGACAAGGGGCGAUGAUGGUCUGGUCCAUGUCGGAUCCUGCUGUGGAGAAAGAGAUAGCUGGUGGUGGUGGUGGUAUGCCGCUGGUGUACAACGGCAUAGAUUACAAUGCUAUAGCUACGUAG